CUAAUGGACAGUAAUUAAUUCACACAGGCAGAUGGAUAGCACUUCAAGAAAAAAUAACCCCACUUUUGUAGUCGGCUUUCUCACGGAAGUGAAACAUUUAUCAGAGUUUUGAAGGAUGUCAUGCGUAUCGCCUCGCCAACAAGUAAAUUCUUGUGGACCUUAUUUGGAAUAGGUCGCCUGUACCGAUGGUAAACUGCAGAUGUGGAAUCUUCCCGAGCAACAUGACAGAGGGUUUUCAUAAUAUUGUACUAAGCUAAUAUUGACAUUUCAAAAGAAAAUCUUCUGAAGAGACCCAGUCAUUAUUCAAAGGUAGACCUCUUGACUAAGAAUGACCCAGAACAGGAGCUCAGAGACUGGAUGCCUCUCGGGUGGUGGCCCGUCAAAUGGCACCAGAAGCCAAGCCGAGGUCUCUGUCAUUUCCUCUGUCAUAUCCAUGUCUGUGGGCAUCCUCUCCAACACUCUCGCCCUCUUCAUCCUGGUCAAGGCCUACCAGCGCUUCCGCCUCAAGUCCAAGGCUUGCUUCCUCCUCUUCGCCAGCGGCCUGGUUGUCACGGACUGUUUGGGUCACCUGAUCAACGGCUCCUUGGUGUUUUACGUCUACAGCUACCGCAAAGACUGGGAGGCCUUUGACCCCAAACGCAUCCUGUGCGGCGUCUUUGGCACCUCCAUGGUGUUCUUUGGCCUGAGCCCCUUGCUGCUGGGGGGUGUGAUGGCCGUGGAGCGCUACCUUGGGGUGACCCACCCCUUCUUCCACUCGGCCGCCAUCGCCUCGUGCCACAUGAAGACGCUCAUGGGCGCCGUCUGGCUCCUGGCUCUCUUCGUGGCCCUGCUGCCCAUCCUGCUCUGCCGGCCCUACCAGGUGCAGUGCUCGCGCAGCUGGUGCUUCUUCCGGAUGGUGGGCGCGCGCGACUGGCUGGACGCCGUCUCGCCCGUGCUCUUCUCCACCCUGGGGCUGCUGUCGCUCCUCGUGUCCAUCGUGUGCAACGCCAUGACCGGGUUGGCCCUCUUGCAGUCUAAGCAACGCAGCCGCCGUGACCGCCACCAUCGUCACCACCGAAAGAGCUCGGCCCACCACUUGGAAAUGAUCUGCCAGCUGUUGGCCAUCAUGAUUGUGUCCUGCGUGUGCUGGGGCCCCUUUCUGGUGAAUGUCAUUGUCUUGAACAUCAAUGAUGAGGACCAGCGGGCCUACACCCGCAUGCUUCUCACAGUGCGCAUGGCUACAUGGAACCAGAUCCUGGACCCUUGGGUUUACAUCCUCUUGCGCAAGGCCGUCCUGAGGAAGCUGUUCCUGGUCACGCACCGAUGCUGCGGCUCACGUUCUCAACGGCUGUACACCUGGAGGUGUGGAACCCUGACGAGGUCAGUCGAGGUCAGCACAUCUGUUAUCAGCAGACCGGAAUGUCGUUGUCCAGACGGGGGCGCUAUACCUGAGAGCAACGCACAGCUUGUUGUCCAGCCGGGAAACAGGACAUGAGAAGGCAUGGCCGUAGCAGAGAUUAACCGAGCCAGUAAGGUCACCGCAGUGGGUUAGUGUAGACCCCAUAGGUGCCUCUCAUGCAGCGUUUAUACGUCCUCCCUCGCUCCUCGGGCCUCGAUCCUCACUGAUCUACAUAAAGAAUGAUGGGGGGAAACA